AUGAAGUUGCUGUAUACGCUACUACUCGCCGCGCUUUUUCUGCACGUUAGUGCUAUUCGUGUGCCUAGAAGUCUAAUUGGAUUACCAGAAGGCCCAAAGCUUGAUACGUGCAGAAGAAUCUGCAAGAGUAAACGAUUACGGAAGGAGUUUAGCGAAAAUGAAAACCAUUGCGUCGUGAAGUGCAUGGAACACUUACGGUAUCAGUGA